AACAAUACGGAACUCUGAGAGAUCUGAGGACUGAGGCUUUGGCUUGGUUCGAAAUCAGUAAAUCAGAUGUUCUGUAACCUAAAAAAGAGUUCAGACGCAGUCUAUCAGUUAUCUCUAACACUAACGCUUUGACUCCACCUUUCAAACCCUCAAACAAUAGUGUGGAAAUGAAGAAGAUAAGACUUGCUUUUUGUUUUCGCUCGUCCUCACUCACGAACAUGUUCACACUUGACUUUAACAGUAUUUCAACAUGUAUGUGAGCAAAAUGCCCGUUUCAUCUAUCAGAAAAGUGGCCCUUAAAGCCACUAAGGCAUGAAAACAUCCAAAUAUUCCCCAUUCUGGGCAUAUUAUACGUCUUAAAGGGCAAUUGGGAUGGCUCUUUUAGAAAUGGAUUCAGUAUGUGAACCAAUUUGAGUUGUAGGAAACUAUUUAUAAUCAAUCUAAUUAGGCCUACUACAUAUUUAUAAAGGCCUAUACAAUUUCUAUACUAUCGUACUUAUUUCAACUCAUGUCCCAGUGGUAUGAAAGGGGCGACACCUACACCUGGGCCUGUCUCAGGUCUGAACAGAGCCAGACCCGAUGCUGAAACCCAACCUCACCUCUGGAUGGGAGCGUCAUCGUCCAAACAGUGACGUAGGCUGGCUGACGCUUAAAGAAAAAGACACGCCAGACAUUUUGUAGUGUAUCAAUGACACAAUAACGGGUUUUAUGAGUGAAGGUCAAUGCUAAUCAAUGGGUUCACCAUCGCAACAAUGGUAGAUUGUUUAGAGAAGGGAUUCAACUCGGGUCGACCGACGCUGUGGGACUAGCUAACGGUAGCGCCUCGGCUGCUACGCUAACCGCUAUCCUCAAGUCGCCAAUACAGGAUGAAUGGCUAUCUUGAAGAAGUGGACGCGUUUUGAACACAAGUUAUAGCCUGUCGUGUCAGAUACAUGUGCCUUCAGCCCCCCCUCAUACACUGGACUGGGUCUUCACCAUGAAGAGUUGUGAGUACCAGCAGAUAGACCCACGGACGCUUUCCGCGUCCAACCCGUCCGCACAGAGCUGCGCCGGCGGGCAGAGCAGUGCCCAGCGGAGCCGGAGGAAGUGGGAAGUUUUCCCUGGAAAGAAUAGAUUUUACUGCGAUGGACGAAUAAUUCUCGCCAGACAGAGUGGGGUCCUCCCUCUGACACUGGGCCUUAUUGUUGUGACUUGUGGCCUUUUCUUUGCGUUCGACUGCCCGUUCCUAGUGGAGCAUUUGACCGUCUUUAUACCUGUGAUCGGCGGAGUGCUUUUUGUAUUCGUGGUCGUCUCCCUUCUACAAACCAGUCUCACCGACCCGGGCAUACUACCCAGGGCAACGCCAGACGAGGCAGCAGACGUUGAGCGGCAGAUCGACACAACGGGGACGUCUUCGUACCGACCCCCGCCGCGCACACGGGAGAUUGUCAUCAGGGAGCAGGUGGUGAAGCUUAAGUACUGCUUCACCUGCAAGAUGUUCCGGCCUCCCCGGACCUCCCACUGCAGCCUGUGUGACAACUGUGUGGAGCGGUUCGACCACCACUGCCCGUGGGUGGGGAACUGCGUGGGCAGACGCAACUACCGCUUCUUCUACAGCUUCAUCAUCUCCCUCUCCUUCCUGAUCUCCUUCAUAUUCGGCUGCGUCAUCACCCACCUUACCUUACGCUCCCAAUCAGGGAAAGGUCUUGUCCAAUCGAUCCAGGAAAGUCCUGGAAGCGUCGUGGAGCUGGUCAUCUGUUUCUUCUCCAUCUGGUCGGUGGUGGGCCUCUCGGGCUUCCACACGUACCUGGUGGCCUCCAACCUGACGACGAACGAAGACAUAAAGGGCGCCUGGUCCAGUAAAAGAGGGGCGGCGGACAGCGUGAACCCGUACAGCCACAACAGCGUCUUCACCAACUGCUGUGUCACGCUGUGUGGGCCCAUGCCCCCGAGCCUGAUUGACAGACGCGGUUCGGUUCCCCCCGACGACCCGUCCGCCGCCGCCGCCGCCGCCGCCGCCCCAGAGCUCGAGCUGCCUCCUUUCAUGGCCAAGAGCGACACGCGCAUGAGCCCAAAGGAGCUGCUGGAGAGGGUGGUCCGCUCGUCAGAACUCUGCCUCCUGGGUCGGCCCACCGCCCCCAAGACCGCCGCCCUCGAACAGGAGGAGCCUGCACCCCGAGACCCCCGCUGCUCCUCCUGUUCCUCCUCCUCCUCCUCCUCCUCUUCCUCCUCACCUUCGUCCCCAGGCUGCUGGGAGGGACGGCCCCCCUGCCCCCCCCCCCCCAAGGCCGCUCCCUGCCACCCGUACGGCCGGGGCGCCCGGAGGGGGUCGCUGGACUCUGUUAACCCGGCCUUCCGCCUGGCCUUGCCCUCCCCCGCGCUAAGCCACGCCCCCCUGGUGGUGGUGGUGGUGGUGGGGGGGGCAGCCGGCUCCGCCCUCGUCCCGCCGCACUGAGCGGGACCAGCUGGCUCGCCCUGCUGCGUUAAAAGCUCACGCCAGAGAGGAUUAUGGGAAAUGGUGUUUCUCCAAAGGUUCAAAUCUCAGGAUUUCCGUUGCCGAUCGGAAGUUGAUCGAAGGGUUGCUUUAUAGUUCAUAUUUUUGUUCAGGUUGGAGGUAAACUUAGUCCAUAUAUGGUGUGUGUGUGUAUAUAUGUGUGUAUAUAUGUGUAUAUAUAUAUCUAUAUAUAGAUAUAUAUAGAUAUAUAGAUAUUUGUAUUCUUCAUGCCACACACAUGCCAAACAGCCAUAUCACAUCCACAGAACCUCAUAUCUUCUCUUUGCAGUGGUUCUAGCCCUAGAACCACCACUGGCAUUGGGAGGAUUAUGUCUGCCUUAUUCACAGUUAUUAUGUUCUACGCUGUUAUGCAAACCAUAGGCUCCAGUGUUGGACUUCUGCGUGUUUGGGGGACGGGCUUAUUUCUUACUUCCGCGAUUGGUCAUUUAUGAAACAGUUGCAACCUGCCGUUGAUUAAGAUCAUCAGACCUUCAUUUUGUAGAUCAUUCACAUUCAUUGAGCGUGGUUUAAACUUAUGGAUGAAUUCUAGUUUGUUCUGAAUUACUGUGACCGCAUGGUUGUUUUAUUUUUAUUUAGUAUUUUCUUUUUUUAUUAGAAACUGCAAAAACUUGUGAUGAUGGACUUUUUUUACUGUGAGAACAGUAUAAUAAUACUGUUAAUGAGCGUUAAUUGGUUAAGUUUGAAGGGUAUUUACUUUUGUAUUAUUUUUUUAAUGUAGCCUACUGUGGAAAUCACAAUCUUAAAUCGCUGAUAUUUUGGAUGUCAAAUUAAUGUUUAUUUUUACUUACGUUGCAUCCAAAAACUUGAUUUUAAAAUCCAAAUUAUAUUUUCGAUUGACUAUGAUUUUGAAGGUCGAUCUUUCUUUUUGUCACAUUACAUACCAAAAGGUAACUUUUUUAGUUAUCGAAACUCAUUGUGCAAGUCUUGGUAGAGAAUGAACUUGCUAGAUUCUACAUGUGGGUGGUUAGAUCGUAUUUCCAGCUGAGUGAACUCGUGGUUAAGCUAGCUGAUGCCUAUUUUAAGGCUACAAAACACAGCCAGCGCGAGAGGCAUGAAACUAGACCCUCCAAGUCAUGGCUUAUACUUUUUGUUGUUCGGCUGUUGUCCGCUGGAGGGCGGUAUCUACUCUAAAGACCCAAGUAUAACCAAUGGUACCUAACCCAUUGAAGUGGAAACCCUUUACUUGCCUAGUGAACGCUACACAAAUGUUAAAGUUAGUGACACAUUGUAUCAGUAAAAUGUUUUUUCAUUCAUUCUGCGGCUUGAUCCAGCCUAUAUAGAUUACUGGGCUAAAUGUGUCACAAGCAGUGCUUGAAUGAGCAUAUUUCUUAUUGUGUUUUGUAAACGUAUCAAUGUCAAAUAGGGAAUAUGUUGUAUUUGUUUCAUUAAAAAAAGGCCUUGUUUUGCAGUUA